AUGCCAGCCAACUCCCUCCGGCGCCCAGAGCAAGUUCACAUAAGCUAUGGAGACACUUCCUCGGAAAUGGUUGUCAUGUGGUCUACACAUAAAAAUGUGACGUCACGGGUGGAAUUCGGCGAAACUGCUGACGUUUUACACAUGUUCAAGGAAAGUCAGGUCAUUCGGUUGACUAAUGAUGCGUGGAAUGCUGCUCCGUUUAUUCACCGAGCAGAAUUAAAAGGUCUACAGCCAGGUCAGUGGUAUUCUUAUAGAGUAGUGUGCAUUGACGAAGAUAACGUCUCCACCAGCCAGGAAUUUUCCUUCCACACCACCGAAUACAAUAUUACCCGUCCGUUGUCGUUCAUCAUAUUUGGCGAUAUGGGUGACGCGGAAGGGCAGAUGACUAUUAAUAGAGUGACGCAGGAAGUGGCGUCAAAGAAGUAUGAGGCCGUUUGGCACAUUGGCGACUUUGCCUACAACUUGUAUACCGACGGCGGGAAGGUAGGAGACAGUUUCAUGAACAAAAUUGAAAGUAUUGCAGCAAAUAUUCCGUACAUGACGAUACCUGGAAACCAUGAAAUUGGCGGAGACUUCAGCCACUACCGGACGCGGUUCAGUCAGCCGAACACGCCGUGGCCGACGCAGCUUGACUCCAUGUGGUACAGCUACGACGUGGGCCUAGUUCACUUCAUUGCGUACUCAACGGAGGUCUAUUUCACGUACAAUCAGAACUAUGUGUGCGAGCAGUUCUAUUGGUUACUGAACGACCUCGAGCAAGCCAAUAGGAACCGCCAUCUCAGACCGUGGGUCGUUGCUAUGGGACACCGACCGAUGUACUGCUCCAAUAACAACCGGGACGAUUGUUCGCAGCACAGUUGGAUACCCAAUGGAUGGGUAAAACGAGGACUGGAAGACCUGUUCCACGCUCAAGGAGUGGAUGUGAUAAUAGAGGCUCACGAACACUCGUACGAACGCUUGUGGCCAGUGUUUGAUGGGCGUGUCAUGUCGGAGGAUUAUCGAAACCCACCAGCUCCCAUCCACAUCAUAUCCGGUGCAGCCGGAAGUCGAGAAGGAAACGAUCCCAUGGAAAGUGCUGACGAAUCGUGGUCAGCAUUCCGACACUCUAUCUUCCACGACACCACGUACGGUCACCUUGUAGUACAUAACCACACGCACCUCUUCUGGGACCAAGUCCGAUCGAAAGACGGUCAUGUGUUUGACCAAAUAUGGAUCGUGCAGAAGAUUCACGGGCCAUUCGUGCGGAACCUCAACUGUUCGGGAGACGGAUAUCACAGUUCGUGCUACUGCCCUCCGCCGUUCCAUUUCUGGACAAUCUUCAUCGCCAUUGCAGCGGUGUUCUCUUUUUUUCUCUUGACUUCCAUCUUGUGUUGUGUGCGUCGCUGUUGUCGCAGGCGGUCAGCCUAUGCUCACACGUUGUUGUUGACGGACGAUGACGAUUCGCCGAAGUCGCCGGGACGAUGUGUGGGAUGUUGGGACGUUGGUAACAGGAAACUGGAGCAUAUGUUGUGA